AUGUCUAACAGCAUAGGGCAGAUUACAAAGUUUUACGUCACUAAUCUUCCAAACGGUGUCACACCGUGGGAGGUUUCUGAUUUCGUUAGGGUUUUUGGGAAUGUGGCGGGCGUAUACAUAGCAAGGAAAAAAGAUAAAGAAGGGAGGAAGUUCGGAUUCAUAAGCUUCAGGAACGUCGUCGAUGUUAAAGAGAUGGAAAGAACUCUUAACGGCACAAAAAUGGGAGGGUUCAAGCUCAAGGUGAACGUGGCAAAAUUUGCUAUGGAAAACGAGGGAUUUCAUGGAGAAGCUACAGUGAAGGAUAAAGGUAAGACCAAGGUGCAUGCUAAUCAGCCACAGAUUCUCAAUCACGCUAACGCUUUUACCAAUAACGGUGGGGGUAAAUUGUUCAAGGAUCUGUUCUCCAAUUCUCAUGGAGACCAAGGUGAAUCGAGUAAGCCAAGGGCAACUGAAGAAGGGAACGGGAAUAUGAUUGUUGUUCCUGAUGAUACAUUGGCUUUCAAAGAACUUAGGGGCAAAGCUCUUGUGGGAAGAUGUAUGGAUUUCACUGUUUUAAGAACUCUGGACAAUCUUCUUGAUGGUGCUGGUAUUAAAGGAGUGUCGCUUAGCUACCUUGGAGGUCUGUCUUUGUUAAUUAAGUUUGUGGAUAAUAUCGGAUGCACUGAAUUUUUGCUUAAUCACUCGGUUUGGGAACAUUGGUUCUCUUCCUUGGAUAACUGGAGUGGUCAGUCCCUGCCAUUCGAGAGGUUGGCUUGGGUUAGGGUCCAAGGAGUUCCUAUCCACUUGGCUGAAAACUCGGUAUUCGAUUCGAUAGCGGGACAGUUCGGGAAAAUUGUUUAUGGGUCUUAA